CCUGCUGGAGGGAGACGAUUUUCCGCCGAGUUGGACCUCUCUGGCUUCGUUUAACACAAAGCAGCCGUUCCUGACACUGAAGUUAAGGACGUACUGAGGCUGGUGUUAGCAAAACUACCAUAAAUAUCGAAACAGCUAAAAUAUAUUGAUGAUUUCCUAUCACUGAGAUCAUAUAGCAUUUUGUUUUUACAGCGAGCUUUUAUUUUGAAGGCGGAAUCGAAAACAGGAAGUCUACAUGCCAGCUGUUACAAAACCAAUCGUCAGUUCCACUUUCCCGAUAAGUUGGAAUGUGUCCUAUCCAAUGAGAACAGAAGUGAUAUUUUUGAUUCUCAACGGUUUGGCUACAUUGAGUCUGCUACGGGCCACUGACAAGGGCAAUCUGAACUUCACUGCCAAUGAUAUCUGGGGUCACAAACAUGUUUCUGCUUUGAAGCAUAAAGCACGGAAUCUGCCACCUGGCUCUGUGGAGCAAAGAAGUACCCAAGAGACACCAGCAGUGUCAAUUAGUCCCAUUCCACCGAUGUCAGGCCUAUUGAUUCUAAGUUAAGCAACCAAUUUGCAAGGAAGAUUCCAUUCAGUCUGAAAGCAGCCCAGAGAUAACCAGUCAGACAGCGCAACUGAAUUGUCCAACUAUCCACCUUGACUGCCCCGGGCCAAAUACAGACGUCCCCUGUAUGUCACUCCAUAUGGAGACUCUGCCAGACUUUAGUGUUAUAAGUGGAGAAACUUCACCUCUUUCAGACAGCGGUCAUUCAUCUACACCAUCACAGCACAGUGGUAUCAGUGGGGAGCCCAGAGCCAAGCGGUGGUCCUCUAACCCAAUAACCAUGGUCACCCAUAUUUUAAACCCCAGCCAUCUGGGAUUCAACGGGCAGGAGUCCUGCUCCCCAAUUUUGAGUCCCAUACGUGCCUCAAAGAUCUUCAGGAUUCAAGAUGAAUCUUUCCCGAACUGCACCGGAGAAAGUUUAUUUGAGGACACUAUAGACCCCUGCUUUUUGCCUAUGGUGGAGCCCACUGUUGGCAGCUCUACAAUGGCUUUGUCACACACACCUCCGGAGACUUGCAUUUCUAUGAAAGAGAGUUUCACUAAACCAGAGGAUGCAAAUAAAGAUUUGCAAAGGGGCUCUAAUUUUAGUCUCAGUUUGCAGGGAAGUCCAACCGCUCUCAGGGAGACUAUAUCAACCAGUAGCUGUUCCAGAGCUUCCCUGGAGGGCACACAUGACAUAUCUGCAUUCGAGGGCAGCAAAGAAAGUCUGCAUUCCUUAGAACAUAAGGUACAGAACCUGACGACCGAGGUUGCUGUGUCUGUUGUGGUGCAAAAAUCAAGUGUUGCCUCUUCCUGUCUCUCAAAUGCUAAUGUCACACAGAUAAUUUGCCCUGAUGGUGAGAUGUCUGCAUCCUAUACGGUGCCAUUGUCCUCGUCAACAUCUGGUUCCUUGUGUGAUGACAAGAGGGUGCACAACGUCACCUUUGAACUUAUGGUUGAACCAACACUGGAGCCCAAAACUGGGACCAACGAGCCCAAUGUCACGACUACUGCGCUGGAGGCUGUGGAGAUUAGUAGGCUAAUGAAAGACACUUUUGAAGCUUGCCGUCCGAUGAAGUUCAAUGCAACCACUGAGCAAGAGACUUAUGAUGGUACCAAACAACCUCUAAAUAAUACUUUUCAAACUAACCCCCAUGUAAAUGCAACCACUGAGCCAGUGACCAUUGUUGGCAAUGCACGCCCCCCUUUUCAAACUGACCACGAACCAACAAAAGGUGCUGAAGUUGAUGUCCGUGAACAUAUGGUACAGUCCCAACCAGGCCUGUCCGGGAGAGAUGGUGACCCCUUCACCUUGGAUGAUACUCUGGAGUUGGGUCCCAACUUUCUGCUCACAUCCACUCCCAUGGUUACAUCUACGGCUUUAAGGAAACCAGAGAGACCCUCAGAUGUGCGGAAAAAGUUAUCUUCGGGCAUCCUGCCAAAACCAGCUAAACCACCUGCUGUCUCUCAACUCGCCACUUAUAGGAAGACGUUCCUUCAGCCCCAAGGUGUCACCUCCAAUCCCAAAUCACUGCCACCCCCACUGAGAUCUGUGUCCCAGCUUCCAUCAUGGACUCGCCCACCAAAGACCAAGACAGCCCCCGUGGCUUCAGCCCCCUCGGAGCCAUCCUCUGCCAUACCCAGCAGAAGAUGUAAAACACGAGCAGAUGCCUCGGGACAUGCUGUGGUCACUGUUUCUCAGCAGGCCUCGACAGAUGAUACUUCCAGUAGUAGGCGUAGCACAAUUGCAGAAUCCAAGCUGAUGCGCACUGGCCUGAGGAAACCUCAAUCCUAUGGCACUCGGAGAUCCAUAGCUAGCCUCAGGCAUCCUGCAGUAAGAGCUGAGGCAACCCGCUCCACUGAAAACCCCAGCCUCUCUUCAGGUUUAAAUGGAAGGAGUCUACAAGCACCCAACCAAGGCCAGAAGCACUUGCCAACCAGCAGUGAUGCUUUACCUGUAGCAAAGAGGAAAAAAAUAGGGUGUGCAAACUGUGUGCUACUUCAGCAAGAACUGGAGACGUGUCGUCAAGAAAAUGAGAGACUGCAAGCAGGGUGUGCAAACUAUGUGCUACUUCAGCAAGAACUGGAGAUGUGUCGUCAAGAAAAUGAGAGACUGCAAGCAGAGCUACGUAAUCGUGACGGGAUGGAUUUGUAAAGGAAGACACACAAAUGGAAUGGAUUGCACAGAUAAAUGGAAUAAGUAACAGAUUCAAAUGAAAUUGUUUCACGUUUAAGAUUUAAUAAAGAUUUGAUAUGCCUA